CACACAGCAGCCCAGAUGCUCUUGGGAUCGAAAUAAUUUGUUUCAGCAAGAUGAGACGAUGGAGAACCCAAACGUUGUGUCACUUGCUUCUGUUUGUCAGUAUUUUACCAACCUGUUGGUGUGCUCAGGGGAAAUACGCUCAGAAGCUCCUGAGUGAUUUGUUCACCAACUACACUAGUGCGCUGAGGCCUGUGGAGGACACAAACACCGUACUGAAUGUGACCCUGCAGAUUACGUCACAAAUUAUCGACAUGGAUGAGCGAAACCAAGUUUUGACUGCAUAUUUAUGGAUACGGCAAGUGUGGGUUGAUGCACACCUCAAAUGGAAUAAUGAUGAUUACGAUGGACUCGAUACCAUCCGCAUACCUAUUAGUUAUGUAUGGAGACCUGAUAUAGUCCUAUACAGUAUAACAAGUAGUGCCAAUGACCACUUCACUGGCUCCAUGGACACCAAUGUGGUGAUCCGGCAUGAUGGCCAGAUUAUGUGGGAUUCCCCUGCAAUCACAAAGAGCUCCUGCAGAGUGGACGUGUCUUUCUUCCCCUUCGAUGCUCAGCAGUGCAGGUUCACAUACGGCUCCUGGACCUACAGCGGUAACCAGCUGGACAUCCUGAACGCCUUGGAGAGCGCUGACCUGGCUGACCUGGUAGAAAAUGUGGAGUGGGAGGUGCUGGGAAUGCCGGCCAAGAAAAAUGUUAUUCAGUAUGGCUGCUGUGCAGACCCUUACCCUGAUGUGACCAACACACUGAAGCUGAAUAGGAGAGCGUCCUUUUAUGUCUACAACUUGCUCAUACCAUGUGUGAUGAUCUCUUUCCUGGCACCACUGGGCUUCUACCUACCCGCUGACUCGGGAGAGAAUGUGUCUUUGGGUGUCACCGUGAUGCUGGCACUCACUGUCUUUCAGCUCUUGGUUGCAGAGAUCAUGCCACCAUCUGAGAAUGUGCCACUUAUUGGAAAGUAUUAUAUUGCAACGAUGACCAUGAUCACGGCCUCAACUGCCCUGACCAUCUUCAUCAUGAACAUACACCACUGUGGUCCUGAUGCCAAGCCUGUUCCCAAGUGGGCCAAGAAAGUCAUUUUGCAGUACAUGGCCAGAAUGUGUUUUGUCUAUGAAGUCGGGGAGAACUGCUUGUCACCGCAGCCGGAGAAUCAGAAGCCUCCACCGGUAAAGAACACCAACUGCAGCAUGAAUGGUCAGGCAGGACCGGGCAGAGAGGACUGCGUCUUCCAAAUGGAGAGAACACAAGAGACAGUGGGCUCCUUGAACAGCGAGGAGAGGGAAGACAUGGAUCAGAUGAUGAGCCCAAUAGGCUCCAUUGGGAAGAACCCCACCAACAACUACACUGCUUGGAAUAAUGGCAUUUUCAUGAGCAUGGACUGUGGAGAGGCAGGGGGUCAGAGGAGAAGCAGAAAGGGAGGAGUGAGCGAUGGAGAGAGAAGAACCAGAGAGGUUUCCUGCUACAGCCAAAGCAACGAGAGGCAGCUACUGCGUAACAUUGAGUACAUAGCCAACUGUUACAGAGAUCAGAGGGCAACACAGAAAAGGACUGGGGAGUGGAAGAAAGUAGCUAAAGUUUUAGACCGCUUCUUCAUGUGGAUAUUUUUCAUCAUGGUGUUUUUCAUGAGCCUUCUCAUUUCUCAUCAUGGCCAAAGCCAUCUAACAGCAGAUCUGAGAAGCUUCUCUUACUGACAGUUUUACUUUACCCUAUAAUUUAAUUAACACUCAGUAAGGGUCUAUUCUGGAGGCUACCAUCACCCACCUAUCUGAAGUCCUAAUUAUUAGAAUUAGAUAUGUAAUACAAUUUGUGUUCAUUGGUUUCGUUGGUGAAAACUUAUAUCCCCCAACUUUUGUCCCAAUACUGUAUGACAGUUAGUAGGCUCAGCAAAGAAAUAGCAUGUCAGUUAAUCAACACAUGUUUCAACAAUUGUGUGUUUUUUAUUUUAGAUAGAUACAAUGUAGAUUAGUUUCUUUGUGACACUAUUUCAUUGUGUCUGAAACAAUAAGUCAACAGAGUCAAAGAUGCAACCCAAAGCAGUGACAAUUAAAUAAUCCAUCUUUUCUUUUAGCAUAAAAGGGACACAUUUAAAACCUAUUAUUUAUAUGGAAGAAUAGAAAAUACCCAAUUCACACAUAAGCUUGAGGUAGUAAUUGUUGCAUUUUGUAUUAUGUAUUAUACUGUGACAGACUUUAGGAGGGGGUGGACAAGAUGAAAUUUAUUAAUCCCUCAUGUGGAACAUUUUAUUUUACUCGUAUGACAUGAAUCUGUGAAAUAAAGAGAAUCGUUCAAGUUUACAGAACAGUAAAUAAGCCAAGCGGUACAAACACAAAAGCUUCUGUACGUCAAACCAUAGCAAGAGAAAACAGCGUCUUCAUUAGCUCACACAGAUUAUCGAUUAAAUCAACUGGAUUAUCACCAUUUGAGCUUCUCUUCAUGUGAGUAUUAUCCUGGGUCUUUAUGUAGCAAAGCGGGCCAUGACUCAUUAUUCUAAACCCAAAGGAGAGUACAAAGUUUACACAGCACAACUGUGCUUCUAAUCUGUGAUUUGCGGGGAAAAACAGUUGAGACCUCUGGUUGACCUUUCAUCAAGAGAUCCUCUUACCUCUUUACAUAAUUGAAAAGACAUGGAAAGCAUUUCAUUUUUUAUUUACUAUGUCACUUUAGGAUUUUGUCGUUUAAUGAGAAAGGCAAAAUCAAGUUAAAAAAGUUACCUCAAACACCUCAACAAGCAAACGGCUGUUAAUUUGGGAAAUGUUGAGUAUGUAUAUGAGUAUAAUGGCUAUGUGUUUUGGGUAGGCUAAAAUAAUUGUAAGCACAACAAGUCAUGUUUUUUUUUGUUACUGUAUUAUUGUAAUGUAGUGACACUUUUCAUCUUAUAUGAGUUGAUUUCAGUAAUGGUCUGUUUAAAAUGUGAACAUGAAACAUGACCAUUAUCCCUGUGA